GAUUUCACGAGUUUCUUCUUUCCCCCCACCUUCUGUUUUGAAUUCCCAGAAACGCCUUCAAAUACCCACAAUCAUGCUUGCUUCCUCGUCUCAAACAACCUUAGCCCCACAAUUCUUCUUCUUUAGCUGCUUCCAUGGAUUCCCAAACCCGAACCAGAUUCCUUUUAGCCCUUCUUUUUCUCUGCUUUGUUCCCCUCAGGUCUCAGGAUUUACAGACCUACAUUGUUCAGCUCCACCCGAACGGAAUUUCAAGAACUCCGUUCGGGUCCCGGGCUCACUGGCACCUUUCGGUUCUUGACGGAGCCGUUUCUUCGUCGGAAGAUUCCCCCGCCGCCGCUUCUCGUCUCUUGUACUCUUACGGUUCCGCCAUGGAAGGCUUCUCUGCUCGGCUUUCUGAAGCUGAGAUUGAGGCGUUGAGGAAUUCCGUUGAUGUAAUAUCGAUAAAACCGGAUAGAAGGAUUGAGGUUCAGACUACUUAUUCUUACAAGUUUCUGGGAUUGAGUGUUACGGAGGGGGCUUGGGUUAAGUCUAGGUUUGGGUGUGGGACGAUAAUUGGGUUAUUGGAUACCGGCGUUUGGCCGGAGAGUCCGAGCUUUGACGAUGCCGGAAUGCCGCCGGCGCCGGGGAAAUGGAAGGGAGUGUGCCAGGAAGGGCAGGGGUUUAACUCGUCGAGUUGUAACAGGAAACUGAUCGGCGCCAGGUUCUUCAGCAAGGGCCACGUGGCGGCUUCCCCGGAUUAUUCGCCGCAUUUAGUGGAGGAGUACAUUUCGCCGCGGGACUCCCACGGCCACGGCACGCACACGGCGUCCACCGCCGCCGGCUCGCCGGUAUCCACGGCGAGCGUGCUGGGAAACGCGGCGGGAGAAGCGCGUGGAAUGGCCCCCAGCGCCCACGUCGCCAUUUACAAAGUGUGCUGGUACAACGGCUGUUACAGCUCCGACAUUCUCGCCGCGAUGGACGCCGCGAUCGUCGACGGAGUCGACGUCCUCUCCCUCUCCCUCGGCGGCUUCCCCGUCCCCAUCUUCGAAGACACCAUCGCCAUCGGCAGCUUCCGCGCGACGGAGCACGGCAUCGCCGUCGUGGCCGCCGCCGGCAACAACGGCCCCCUUGCAAGCUCAGUUUCCAACGAAUCUCCAUGGAUUAACACCGUCGGCGCCAGCACCCUCAACAGGCGAUUCCCAGGAAUCGUUCAUCUCGGGAAUGGCAAAUUCCUCUACGGGGAAUCACUGUUUCCAGGAAAGGCAAUUCCAGGAUCACAGAAAAAAUUCGAUCUUGUUUAUGUAACGGGGAAUAAUAGUGGGAGUGAGUUCUGUCUGAGAGGUUCUCUCCCGAAAACCUUAGUCCGAGGAAAAAUGGUGGUUUGUGACAGAGGGAUCAAUGGGAGAGCAGAGAAAGGUGAAAUUGUUAAAGAAGCUGGUGGGGUUGCAAUGAUCUUAGCCAAUACAGCUUUGAACCUGGAAGAGGAUUCAGUAGAUGUGCAUUUGUUGCCAGCAACAUUGAUCGGUUUCGACGAAUCCAUAACCCUUAAAAGCUACAUAAAUUCCACCAGAAAGCCGAGAGCUAGGAUCAUAUUUGCAGGAACAAGAGUUGGGAAAUCCAGGGCACCAGCAGUGGCACAGUUUUCAUCCAGGGGGCCAAGUUUCACUGAUCCUGCAGUUCUCAAGCCUGAUGUGAUUGCCCCAGGGGUGAAUAUCAUUGCAGCCUGGCCUCAAAACUUAGGCCCUAGUGGCCUUCCGGAGGAUCCCAGAAGGGUAAACUUCACAGUCAUGUCAGGUACUUCCAUGGCAUGCCCUCAUGUAAGCGGAUUGGCGGCGCUCUUGCGCGCCGCGCAUCCAUAUUGGUCUCCCGCCGCUAUAAAAUCAGCACUCGUGACAACCGCCGACACAACAGACCACCAAGGAAAGCCAAUCAUGGAUGGAGACAAGGCGGCCGAUGUUUUCGCCAUGGGAGCAGGACAUGUAAACCCUGAAAAGGCCAUAGACCCUGGACUCAUAUAUGACAUCCACACAGAUGACUACAUCACCCAUCUCUGCUCUCUGGGCUACACAACCUCAGAGAUCCUCAGCAUCACACACAAGAACAUCAGCUGUCGCGAAACCCUUCGCGAAAACCGAGGAUUCAGCCUGAAUUACCCCUCCAUUUCCAUAACUUUCAGGCCUGGAAUGACCAGAAAGAUAGUCACCAGGAAGGUGACCAAUGUAGGGGCUCCUGGCUCCACUUACACAGCUAAAGUUGUGGCACCUGAGGGGGUUAAAGUCAGGGUUAAACCGCAACGCCUGAAGUUCAAACGGGCGAACCAGAGGCUGGAAUAUGCAGUGUGGUUCACAUCAAGGCAGAAGUUUGGGAGGCAAAUGAAAAGGAGCUUUGCAGAAGGGCAGUUGACAUGGGUGAAUACCAGAAAUAAUGGAGUUCAGAGAGUGAGAAGCCCUAUUUCAGUGACAUGGGUGUCAAAGAAAAGAAAUGGAAGUUGAAUGGUUAGGUCAGAUCAGACAACCUUAAUUGUUAGUUGAUCCAUAUUUGGUUAGUUUCAUGAAUCAUCUGAUAUAUAUUGAUUGCAGUUGACAUUGUCAGCUCAGAUCAGUGGCAGAAUUUCCACAAGUAUGAAUUUUAGUUUUAAUUUAUAUUAGCAUAUAUGCUUUUGAUGAUGAAAUGGAUAUCAUUUUAUGUCAAUAAAAAAGCAGUUUAUUUGAA